GUAGGCUGGUCCUAUGGCGCGUACAAACCGCUAGACUUGUUUCUUCUACCUACCGACUACGACCUGCCAUCGACCGUUGUCGUCCGCGACUUUCAUCUCCCCCCAACACUCUCGCGAACAAGACGUAUCGAGCGUUUUCUACUUCAUCGCUUACGAAGGAAGCCAUGACGGACAGACCGAAGCAUACGAACAGGCUUUCAAACGAGACGUCUCCGUACCUUUUACAACAUCAGCAUAACCCGGUAGACUGGUACCCAUGGGGUCCAGAGGCGUUCGAGAAGGCGAAGAAAGAGGACAAGCCGAUCUUCCUCUCGGUUGGCUAUUCCACCUGUAGAUGGUGUCACGUCAUGGAACGAGAGAGCUUCGAAGACGAGACGGUCGCAAAGGUGAUGAACGACGUCUGCGUCAAUAUCAAGGUGGAUAGAGAGGUGCUCCCAGACAUCGACAGGAUAUACAUGAUGUUCGUACAGGCGACAACGGGACAUGGCGGUUGGCCCAUGUCCGUUUUCCUCACUCCAGACCUCAAACCUUUCUUCGGCGGCACAUACUUCCCACCAGGCGCUCUAGUCUCGAUUCUUGAGCAAAUCGAUGAUAAAUGGCACAAUUCCCGCUCCUCCGUGCUUGAGUCCGCUUCGAAACUCCAUUCCCUUCUAUCCGACCAGCUCAGCGCUCCAUCAGCACCCGAAUCUCCGAUCGACGUCAAGACGUGCGUCGAGGACGGCCUGAAAGCGUUCCGCCGCAGGUUCGACCGCGUCCACGGAGGAUUCGGCGGCGCACCGAAGUUCCCUACCGCGCCGAUCUUCUCCUUUCUGCAUACGAAGGGCUUUCUGGAAGGCGACGAUGGACACGACGUGGAGAAGCCGAUUGGAAUGGCUGGUUUCACGCUCACGAAAAUAUCGCGCGGUGGUAUCCACGAUCACGUCGGCAACGGGUUCCAUAGGUACAGCGUCGACGCGAAAUGGCACGUACCGCACUUCGAGAAGAUGCUAUACGAUCAAGCGCAGUUGACGCUUGCAUUUCUGCGCCAAUACACUAUUACGUCAGACACGCUCUACCUCGACAACGUAUUCGACAUCCUCGAAUACUCCGCGCGUGAUCUCUACUCCCCCUCGCAUAAAGCCUUCUACGCCGCAGAAGACGCCGAAUCCCUUCCGACCCCGACAUCCACGAAGAAAGAGGAAGGCGCAUUCUGGGUAUGGACCGCCGCCGAGAUCGACAACAUCCUCGGCGCGGGGCGCCCCUCCGCCGUCUUCAGAUUCCACUACUCCGUCUCGCCCGACGGCAAUGUCGAUCCGUCGCACGACCCGCACGGCGAGCUGAAAGGCAAGAACAUCCUGAUGGAGCGCGGGAGCAUCGAGGACUCGCACCGUGAGUGCGUGAUGGAGCACCCGGGGCUGACGCUCCGAGACGUCGAGGAGAUCCUGCGCGAGGGGAGGCAAAAGCUGCGGGAGGUGAGAGACAGGGAGCGCCCGCGACCGCAUCGGGACGAGAAGAUCGUCGCCGCGUGGAAUGGGAUGAUGGGGCGGGCGCUGGCGUGGGCAGCGAGAGUUGUUGGGGAGCGCGGGGUGGAUGAGGGGAACGCGGCGAGGUGGUACGAGAUGGCGACAGACUUGGUGAGUUUUAUAGAGAGGGAUAUGGUGCUCUCGGAUGGGAGGUUGAGGAGAGUGUACGGAUCGGACGUCGAAGGCGUUGUCGACGACUACGCGCAGAUUAUAUCCUUCCUGCUCGCGCUCUAUCAAGUCCGGUUUGAGCCGAAGUACUUACAGCUGGCUGUCGACUUGCAAGCGAAGCAAGACGCCCUGUUCUGGGACCAAGAGGGCGGCGGGUACUUUACGAGCUCGAGCGUCGGGAUGCAGAGUGGGACGAAGAUCAUGCGGUUGAAGGACGACCAAGACGGAGCGGAGCCGUCAGCGAACAGUACGGCCCUUCACAACCUCAUCACUCUCGACGCGAUAAUGCACGCCACCUCUCCCGAGCAUCUAGGUCUCAAGACACCGACGUCUGGCUCCUUCGACUUUGUCGAGGAGUACGAUAAGAGGGCGACGAGGCUCCUCUCGAGUUUCGCAUCCAUGCUCGAAGGCCAUCCGACUGCCGUCCCCGACAUGCUCUCGAGCGUGCUGCUACGUGACCGAGGCAUCAAGGCCGUGAUCCUCGCUGGCUCAUCCGGUAUCGAGGAGUUUGUGAAGGCGGCGCGCGGCGGUCGUUGGGAGGCGGACGUGGUGUACAUGAAAGAGACGGUCGGGACCGAAGAUAAAGUCACGGGGCGGGUGUGCUACGCUGGGACAUGUGGUCUUAAGCAGCAAACGCCGGGAGAUCUGAGGCAGGAGAUCGAGAGUGCGGGCAGUUGCUGAGCAUGACGGAAGUUACUGAAGCACAUGUAUUGUAUUGUAGCCAUGUAUCAUAGUCAUUCACAAUGAAUAUGCCCUCAGAGUUGUUGAAUAGUAUAGACGUUCUUGUGUAGCUUUAAAAUUUGCUAUGUAGUCAGGCUGCAAAGUCCGUGUU